AUGAACAACCCCUUCGCCAAACCCCCACAGACCGAACUCUCCGCCGCCGCACAGCGAUUCCCCGACGUCUUGCGGAACGAUCCGGAUCUCCAACAGGGGCAGGGGCAGUAUGGGUAUGCGCAGGGACAGGGCCAGGUGUAUCCGCAGCAGACUGGGUACGGCGGAGGAGGGGGCAUGAACGGGUAUGGGCAGGCGCAGGGAGGGAUGGGCUACGGCGUGCAGCAGCAGCAACAGCAACAGCAGGGGUACUUGCAGCCUCAGCAGACGGGCUACGGCGGCGGAGGGUACGCGUCGCAAUCGCCUAUGGGAGCAGGGGGGAUGUACUCGCAGGGCCAGCAGCAACAGCAGCAGUACGGCUACCAGCAACCACAGUACACCGGCAUGCAGUCCUACCAGCCCUCCUACUCCCCGGCCCCUCCUCCGCCAGUCCAAGACCUCGACCCUUACUCCUCCCUCUCCUCCUCGUCCUUCGCCUCUUCCUCCCCCGCGCCCUCCUCAAACCAACAAGCGGGGUCGUUGUUGGCUGUCCCGCAGACGCAGAGUCAUCCGCGUGAUUACGUGCAGGAGAACAGGGCGCAGUUGAUGAGUUGGGACGAGUACGCGUGGAGGCAGCUGGACAACAGGAUCGACGCCCUCCGCGAAGCCUGGCAAACCCGCCUCGCCCUCCUCCGCGCCGCCUCAGAUCAAGGCGCCGACCCAGUCCGCACGGAACAGCUGCGCAAAGAAGGCGAGGGGUUUGUCGACUCGAUUCAUGCGGCCAAGAUGCAGCUUGGAGAAGUCAAGGCGGGUUGGAGGCACAGUACCGAUGCCGCGUCGAAAUCCCGCGUCCGCGAAGCGCUCAACGCAGGUCUCUCCUCCCUCCCUCCCUACCCCUCCCCUCUGCCUCCCCAAGCUUUAGGAGGCUCCUUCGCCCUCUCGGCUACGAAGCAGCAUAUUCUCUCGCAGUACGGUCAGCCGCAAGCGCAGCAGGGGCAGAUGACCGGAAUGGGGAUGGGGUGUUACGCUGGCGGCGCGGGAGGAUACGGUGGAGGAAUGGGGAUGCAGCCGCAACAGACUGGCUACGCGGGAAUGGGCGGGAUGGGCGGGAUGAUGCCGCAGCAGACGGGGUAUGGUGGUGGAUACGGUGCGUACGGAGCGGGAGGAGGCGGUGGGGGGUAUUACUAG